GCGGCGCGCCGGAGAUCGGAACUAACAGAUCGGAAGGAAAUUUUGUACCGCGCCGCAACUUGUGUCAUGAAAUACUGUAAAUCGCUACUUAAACUGUUGAAACUGUUUAAGCCGAAAAUGUUUUGUAUCACGUAUCGAGCACUGUAAUAACAGCACUUCUGCCAGGGUAGAACGGAAGAAGAGGAUAUAAAUACAGCCUUGACAAAUUUCCCUCGAACUACUCCAGCUCCAUCGCCUCGGACCACCACCUGUGCCCCGAUCUUCAUGGGGGUGACUGCCGCCCAACAGCAGCCAACUUUUUCUGCAGUUGUUGAGCCCAGGCCUAGGAGGGAUCGUUUCAUCAUUUAAAUUCAGGACGCCCGCCGCUCUAGGUAUCCUCUUCACGUGACCAGCGAACGUAUUUGCCUUGACAUGUGGGUCCAUGAAACUGCCUGAAGAGUUUCAGCCCUCCGUUCAAAAUGUCAACUGGGAUGACAGCCACUAAGGGAGGCAAUCAACAACCAGAUCUCUUUAAGUUAGCUGCUGCUUUGGAGAAUGCCACACCAAAUAAUCUCUUUGCCUCUGCUGCAAGACCAAAAACAUCACAAGAAGAUUUCAAAAUCACAAAGACCAAGGAACAAGUAGAAGAACAGGAUGGGAAAGAAGCCGGUGAUGACAUCACAAUGGAAACUGCUGAGGGAAUCAGAGAUGUGUUGUUUGGUAGAAGAUCGUUUACUAUCGGCGAUGAAUGGAGAAGGGCUUCAUUUGUACGGUGUCCCCCAGAUGGGCCAUUUCCAUAUGGGCUACUUACACCAAGGGAUAAAGCGAGAGGACUAUUAAUUGCUAUUCAGGCACAGUUCAUUCAAAAGAUACUAGAGGGUGAUGGCAACCAGUCUACACAGGAUCCAGCUAGAGCCACAGGCCAGAUUAAAGUUCGCAAGUCACUUACAGCUUAUGCCCAGAGGAAGCAAUUUAUUAGCACGCUAGUUACUAUUCUAUGGCGAGCAGGAGAAUGUAAGAAAGCUAUUGUUGUUCUACACUAUCCAAAGUAUGCUGCCUUGCUGUACUCACAACAAAAGAGACUGGAGCAUUUUAUUCAGGAGAUAAAAGUGAUAGAGUGUGUUAGUGAAAAGCAGCUUUACAAAUUGCUGGACAAGAAACUAGGAAUGUUUGAAGACCAAGUUGGAGGAGGCCCUCUAAUGUUCCUUCUCAGUCUCAUCCUUUCAAGAAGAAUCUCCAAACUCAAAGAUGAUCUUCAAGGAGAGUAUCUAUGGACGGACACAGACCAAUGCAGUCUUUCACUCAUCAAUCUUGUACUAAGUGGACAAGCCACACCUUACCUCUUCAAUGGAAAACAGGAGUAUGGUCUGGAUUCCAAACCAUUGGAUGUACCUCGUUAUGGCAUCCAAAAGAGAGCUGAAAUUGGUAUUCUUGUGGUUGACAGGCCCGAAGGAAAACAAGUCAAGAAUGCCAAGAAAAUAACAAUAGGGAGCAUGUUGAAGACGCCUGUCUUUCCUGUGUGGGUGUUGAGGUUAAAAGGACGCUAUUCACUCUUCUUCUGCUGUAAUCUUAACCUGAACCGUGAUUGGAGGAGUGAAGCUAAGUUUAACCUUUAUUUCUACACGGGUCAGACCGAGCAGAAGGAAGAGGUCAGGUUGACAGUCGAUUCCAGACUGAGGCUUAUGGAGGAGAAAAAGAAAAAGGACGAUAAGAAUAUUCCUCUUGUAGAUGAGUGCAUUCAAUCAAGAUGGCCUGGUGCCCAUAUAGACUGGAAUGGAACAUCCCCUUUCUUCUGAUGAACCAAUCAGCAAAUCAGGAUGAGUAAAGAUACUCCCUAAGUGUGCAAAAAAUAAAAAGUGAAAUGUAUUCUGUUUUCUUACAGUACCAUAUGUAACCUUUAUUUAUAACACAGGUAAGCUUAUUGAGAAUAAUUCAAUUCAACUUUAUUUCCACAAUUAAAAAUAUAUAAAUAUACAAAAUCAUUGACAUGAAAGGUAUUAUAUAUGUGGAAGGGUCAAAGGAAGCACAAUUGCUUGUGUAAAUUGGCCUUAUAGCAAAAAUCAAAUCAAUGUCAAAUUUACCUAAAAGGUAACAAUAUGGUGAUACAUAUAACAUGUUACCUUUAAUUCUUAUUUCCAUAUGUUCCCAGAAAUUGUCUUGUAUUCUAUUUUGAACCUGAGUUCUGACAAGAAGUGAAAUGCUUCUACUCUUGUUUACUGUGCCAUAAUUAGUCUUUUUAUGAAGUAAAGGUAAGCUCAUUUAGAAUGUUGGUACAUGUACCUUUCAAUUAUAAUCAUUUUCAGAAAAUAUGUUGUUUCUAUCAUGAAUAUGCCAACUGAAAAUAAGAUGAAUUUUAUCCUGCCUUUUUACAGUGCCUUAAGGACACUUCAUUUAGGAUGUAAAUGUAGGGAAAUUUACAAUCACAUUCCUCUUAGUUGUAAUUUUUUUCAUAUAUUUUUCACAAGAUACCAUGGCUACGUAUUCUAUUAUGAGCUUAUGAAUCAACUGGAUUGAAUCAUGUAUUCUUUUACAAGAUUAUCCUCAGUAACUUUUCUUCAUGUGAUCAUUCUUCAUGCUUACUGUAAAACAAAUAGAGAUUGAUGUCUUAGGGCCCAUCUUACUAAGAGUUGCAAUUGAUGCGAUCAAUUACAACUAUGGAAAGCCAGCAAAGUCAACUCAUAAAAUGCAUGUUUGUUUAAAAAAAUUCUAGAUAUGAAUGUAUAUCCAUAAAUUCAUUGAUUUCUUGACAAUUUGGUGUGUUCUCCUUUGUAUACAAAGGACAUUUUGCAAAUUUCCUGUAGAAAAAAAUUAUGGCACUGAUGAGUUACGAUUGAUUGGAUCAAUCGUAAUCUUUCUUCUUUGUGAGACGGGGCCCUGACACAUAGUGGCAUCCCAGUGGCAUGUAGUUGAUUUCUUUGCCGCAAAAAACAAUGUGCUAAAGGGGCGUCGAGUUGAAGCGUCUUCUAUGUUUAUAUACUAUAGUGCAAUGUGAAGUUUGUGCCAUACUGGAACAAUCUUUUUUUUAAUGCCUUAUAUUUAUUACCUAUAACAAAUCAGUAAGGUGCAUAUACAUGUCAGAUUAGUAUUAAGUAAUGAACACAAAUUCAAAUUUACUUGGUUGUGACACCUGGGGAGCGUUUCAUCAAUAUUUUCAUCCGACAAGUCAGAUCUGACAUCUUUCCAUGAUUUUGAUUGGCAGAGAGGCACUGUUCCUAUGGUAACUGUCAGAUAAAAUGGGACUUGUCAGAUAAAACGUCCGACAAGUCCUUUCAUGAAACGCCCCCCAGGAUGUUUGAGCCAGCCGAUGCCAACAUUCUGUAUGUGUUUUCUUUGUUAACCUUAUUUCUUGAUAUAAAAUAAAAAUAUCGAGAAUUAAAAUUCUUUGUAAGAGGGGUCAUUUGUGACCUGCCACCGCCAGACCAACAAAGUUGCCUGGAAUGGUUCUCUGUAAGUAGCCAAAUGAUAAUUUGGUCUUCAAAAGGUAGAAAUUUGAAAAUGAGCUUAUUCUGAAGAAUAAUUAUUUGUUUCAGUACCGUCAAAAUUUGAAGUUGUGAGUUAUAUAAAAGAUGAGAGACAAAAAUUUCUUUUGACACCAUUUUUUUUCUGGACUGGUGUUACUGUUGAUCAAUUUCGAUGAGAUAGAUAUCAUUUUGAUGUUUAAGAUGUGCUUUUUUUCAAGCUCAAUAAAAUUAUCAAAAUUAAUGGUUUAGGGGUGACAGAUCACAUUCAGGGGUUCGACAAUUCCCAAGAUAAUUUGAACAAAUUUAUGAACAAAAAGUAUAUUUUAGCUAUGCCAUGGUGGCAAUUUUUGUCAUGAUUUGAUGAUCUAAACGAAAAAUACAUUUGAACAAUCGGUUGUUGCGGAUUAAAGAAUAUGAAUGUUCUGUAUUUUGAAUCAAAAUGUUUAACUUCAAGUUAUAUGAGUAUAAAAUGUUGGUAAAGUUUAGAAAGGGUUUGUUAAUUAUGAAGUACUGGUACAGAUGUUGUUUAUCUAGGUAUUCAAUAACUAUGAUUAGAUGUAAAUUCAUAUUUUAACAUCAGUAGGUAACCGUACAGCACCUUUUUCGUUUAUUCUAUAUUCCUUUACUUGUCUGAUUAUGCAAUCUACCAUGUUGCAUCCUUCUUCUUCUUCCAGGGUAAGUGCUGCUUCAAGAUGGUGAAUGAAGAUCCAACUUGUAAUGAUUAUUAAGUAUAUGAAUGUGACCAAAUGAGAUUUGCAAUGAGAUCUCAAAUGAGGGCAGGGUUGGGGAUUCAAGCCUAAAGCAUGGCAUGGUUUAGGCUUUUCUCAUUGUAGAUUGUGUGUAUGCAGGCAGAGGUCUAUGAAAUAUGUGUCAUAUUAUAAUCUACAACAGGUUUGUGUUACAUUUACUUUUACAUUCCCUUACCUUUUUAUUUUCUUGUUAUUUAAUUUUGUAGCAGGUUCGACUAUCUUAAAUACAUAAUAGAAAACAAACAAAAAAUUUUAUGCAUUUUAGCAACCAUUUCGAUCAAAUUAGAAAAUUAAUAGAAUGAGGUAUUAUUCAAUUCAGCAUUUAUUUCCAAUUCAUUAAAAAUACAAGUUGAUAUCAUGAUCAUGUGCAAACAAAGAGACAAUAAAAAAUUAAAACAUAUCAUUAAAACAUAAAUAAAUACAAGCGAAAGUGAUAAAUCAAAGUAUUGUUGCCAGAUCAUUGAAACAUUAUGCACUAAAAAAGCCAGAAGGCUUGUUAAGACGCACACACCCAAAGUAAAUUGAUUCUUAAAAUAAUUGUAAUAUAUCGAUGCGGCAAGUAGCAAACGAACAAAGUUUUAGUAUUUGAUCAAUGAUAUACAUUUUCUAAUCCUGAAUGUUAAGAAGAUAACUUUCUAUUUAUUACUUUUCAAUAUUAUAUUGUGCCAUUAGAUCAUCUUUACAGACAUUCCUGUAAUAUUUAACUAGUUUUGAUAAAAAGUUGAAAAAGGUAUUUCUUUAAAUGCAACUGUGCCAUAUGAAUAUAUUUUCAGUAUGUACUAUGAACAAGUAGUUAACCACCUAUUUAAAAGAAAAAAAAUCAUAAGAGAAAAUAAUUAUUCCUGUUUUAUUUAUUAUUAGUAGUUGAUUCAUUUGUUAUCAAUGUAAGAUCAAAAUACAUUGACUUGCAGUGUGUACUGUAUUUUAGCCAUCUAGAAUUAUACAGACCUGCCAACCAGUACGUUUUAGGCUUAUUUAGUACGGUUUUGCAACCAAAAUACGACAGUACGUUUUUCUUUUAAAAAUACGUUUUUGUUUUUUACAAAUUGUAAUUUAUUGAGAAAAAUCAUCUCUAUAUGUCUCUAUUUCAUAAAACUUACACAAAUGUGGUAAUUAGAUCAAUGUAAUUUCAGGUAACUUGUUUUUUUCAAUCAUUUUGUUAAAACCAGGGUGAGAUAUACACAUGUUUAAACGUUUGUUUUUUUCAUCUGCAAGAGCAUUGCGCAUUUUGGCUUGCAUGCAGCUUGAGCGCCGCGAUGAGCAAGUGCGCUACGCAUUGUAUUAUGAGAUACACUUUUUUGGGGAAAAAUACACUUUUUUUAUCACGGAAUACAAUUUUUCAUUCCCAGAGGUUGGCAGGUCUGGUUAUAUGUCAGAUUCUAUAGUUUUGCCAUGUUACAUUUUGUCAUACAGGAACAUACAUCAUCCUACAUGUAUGUGAACAAAUUUUUGAAUGGUCAAAGAAAGAACACCUUAAUCACGAAAGAACAAUCAAAUAAUUUAUUUAGGGUCUACAUAUAUUUUUUUAAUUCUACACUUAUACUCUAAAUCUCUGUAAUCAUGUUUGAUUAUUAUCUAUUGUAUUCUUGCCUUUGGUCAUUAUUGUGUGUAAUUUUGCCAUGAGACUUCUUUCAAUAUGCAAUAAUUAUGAUCAUGUGAUUUUAUGAAUUUUGUACUAACUGUAUUUAAAAAUACAACAGAAAAUGGGUCUAUUUUCUUUCGUAACACUGGGUGAUUUCAAGUCCGAUGUUGGCAUUGGCGUUGGUGUUGAUGUUGAAAUUUUGAUUGAUUCUCGUAGCUCCAACAUCUAUUCUGAGUUUUGAAAACAGAUCCAGAUCACAUUAUUGACAUCUCAAAAACUAGUGAGUGACUUUUCAGGACCAUCUUCAUUUUAUGUUUGGUGUUAUAGAUGCUCAUGUGAAAAUUGACUUAACACCAACACCAAUAUAUCAACACAGAACUUGAAAUCACCCUCUGUAAGACACUGUUUAAAAUUGUGUUGUUUAAGGCUGGUACUGCACUUAAGAACUAUUGUUUGAAACAAUUGUUAAAAGUCUCGAAGUUUCGAACAACUUAUUUAAAAAUGUAAGCAACUUGUUUGAAAGUUAAAACAAUAGUUGUUAGAGUGUUACAGUUGUUCCAGUGUAUUCCAUUUGUAUUUUUAUCGUAUCUCAUAACAUAAUUUUUGUUAUAUCUAUCAUAUAGUCAUGAGAACUAUUUAUAUUUCCAUAAAACUAGUCGUAUUUUAUGCUAUUUAUAACAUAAUAAAUGUUGAGUAAUCGUAGGAUACAUUUUCUUCUGCAAUGCUAUUUGUAUUUCUUAUUCUACUUCCAUUACUGUUAGAUCUAAUUUACAUGUAAUUAGAACUAUUUAUUAUGUAGCUUCCUUUAGGAGCAAAAUAAAUGUACUACCUGAUAUUGAAUUUCAGUUUUCAUUAAGUGUUGCCUCUGUUAUGCUGCCAUUAUGUUGGGUUACAGUGUAUGUAAAAACUCAGUUUGUUUUUAUGAAUAUUAUCUUAUAACAUGCUUCAUGUAGUUUUUGUCUUGCCUCCAUAGCAGAGCAAGACUAUAGGCGCAGAGCUUCUUACGUCGGCGGUGUCAUCAUAACUUAGAUAGUAUAUGGUCCUAUUUCUUAAAACUUGUACAUUAGGGUAAUCAAGUAUUACUGAACAUUCUGCCAAAGUUUCAGGUCACAUGACGAAGGUCAAAGGUAAUUCAGAGUCAAUGAACUUUGGCCAUGUUGGGGGUACUUGUGGAACUGCCAUCAUAACUUUGAAUGUUUAUGGAUCUAGUUCAUGAAACUUGGACAUAGAGCAAUCAAGUAUCACUGAUUAUCAUGUGUAAGUUUCAGAUCACAUGACCAAGGUCAAAGGCCAUUUAGGGUCAUUAAACUUAGACCAUGUUGGGGGAAUCAACAUCAAAAUCUUAACAAAGGUAAAAUACUUGACAUGUCAUAACUUUGAAAGUAAAUGGAUCUAGUUCAUGGACUUAGACGUAAGAGUAAUCAAGUAUCAUUGUAGCAUCCUCCGUAUUAGUCUCAGUUCACAUGACCAAGAUCAAUGAACUUUUGCCGUGCGGGGUGUAUUUUUGAAUUGCCAUCAUAACUUUGAAAGUUUGAGGAUCUAUAUAGUUCAUGAAAUGUGGACAUAAAUAAGGACAACUUCUACCGGUACUCCUACUCUUACUACUAUACUACUACUACUACUCGUACUAUUGCUACUACAUGUAUUGUAGCACUACUAGUACUGCUAUUGCUCUUUUUACUACUUCUAAUGCAUGCUGAUACGACUUCUGCAUUCUACUGCCAUUGUCGCAAAGGUAGAAUUUUCAUAUUAAUUUGAUUUUUUCAGACCACUUAAAUCAAGGGGAACAUGAUUAUGUUUAUUUCCCAUUUUAUUUGAGGGGUUUAUGUCAUGUAAUGAUUGUGAAUGGCAAUGACACUCAUUUACCUUUUGAAUUGUUAUUUGUAUGUCUUCUGUGCUGUAUUCUUAGAACUUCAUUGUUAUUUAUUUAUUUCAUUAUUUCAUAUUGAACGCAGAUGGCUCUAUAAUACUUAUAGUUUUAGAGGAAACAGACUGUGUUUUUGUGAACUGUUACAUUGCAAAUUAUGAAUGAAUAAAUUACAUUUAGAUUUCAAAUCAAA